AUGAAACUGUGGAGGAGGUCAGCUUGGCCUUUGGUGGUGGCCUACCUCGUUGCCUUGGCGAUGCUCUGCGUCACCCCCGUGGCCGCUGGCAACCGCAACCACCGGGGAUCGACAGUCUCCUACCAGGUGAAGCAGGGGACAUGCGAGGUUGUGGCCAUCCAUCGCUGCUGCAAUAAGAAUAAGAUCGAGGAGCGCUCCCAAACCGUCAAGUGUUCCUGUUUCCCCGGGCAAGUCGCUGGCACCACCAGAGCAAGACCCUCAUGUGUGGAAGCCUCCAUUGUAGCCCAGAAAUGGUGGUGCCAGAUGCAGCCAUGCAUGGAUGGAGAAGAAUGUAAGGUCUUACCUGACUUGACCGGCUGGUCCUGCAGCACUGGCAAUAAAGUCAAAACCACAAAGGUCACACGAUAACAAGAGAGCCACUGGAGCAAGAGGCAACGUACAAUUAACUCUCCAUCUGGAAAGAGUGGAAGACAUGAACUUACUCGAACAUGUUGAAAAUAUGAUGUCAGCAUCUCCAUUAUGAAACAAGACUGUAAACGUAACCACGAUAAUGCCGUACCCGGCGGUGGCCAUGAGGACAACCACGCUUGCCGAGGGUGCACGAGGACAAAAGGCGACUCUAAUUUCCAACCUAUGGAUGAUCGAAAUCCAAUCUGAAGACCGAGUAAGCAUUUCAAAGUGUGUCUUUCAACAAAGCAUUUGUGGAGACGUGAGCCCAGCCGCUGGACAUGAUGCGGGCGGGCUUUUUGUCAACUUGUAGAGCUCAUAUAGUGCAGCAAAGAGAUAGCGGCUCAUAACUAGCAAAUUAGAAUGGAAUUGCUCUUGUGGGUCAAGUCGCCGCCGCCACAAAGACUGUUUUGUGUGAGCCAAUUUGCAGUUCUAAUUAGGAAUUGCUGUGUAGGAACAUAACAACAUAUUAAAAAUUCAUCUGUGGUAUUUGCACUAGUUGAAACCUUUGGGUAAUCUUUGGUUAUUCCCAAUAUCGCUCGAUGGAGGUCUUGCAGAACUUGAAAUUUUUCUCCAACAUUUAAAGUAGGCCCAUACAUGUGUGUGCCUCUUUACGUAUGAGUGGUUGAAAAUUGCUACCAUUCUAACUAGCAACUCUCGAUCAUCCCGUAUUUCUGGUCGUUAUCAAAACGUGUUCUGUGACACUUUCUUUUAAAAUAAGACAUCCAAGGUUCAAGCGUUUGCUUGUGUUGUCUUUUUAUCGGGACCAUUGCUGUUUUCCUCAUGGACAAGAUUAUUUGCAAAGUGAUGUCCUGAAUGAGGGUCAUUUGGAGCCACCUUUACGAGAAAUCGGAUGUGUUUUUGCGCAAGCGCCAAUUUCCCCCCAGUAAGCUUUUCUGCAUCAAUAUUUCAGUGAGAUAUGGUGAAAUAAUUGCUCCGGAUAAGUGCGGUUCAACUCUUGGCAGGCUUUACCCUGCAGGGUCUGUCACCAUUGUUGCAAUGAGGACAACGGUGCACCCCCGAAAAAAAGUCCUCUCACAUCUCACUAUUAAUUC